AUGUGGAUGGCUACUCGAUCUGAUUCUGGGUUUUGUCACGGAGAGUCUUUGAGUUCUAUGAUGAGUCGUCACGCCAUAAAUUUCCAGUCAAACACUUCUUCAGAGAUGAUUCCGAUGGGUCCUUACUUAGGACGAAGUGGCUCUCUGCUGGGUAUGAAUAUGAUCAAUAAUGUCGUUAGUCCUGGAUUAAUUCAAAAUGGGAACUCUUCAAAUUCUUCUUUUGGUUCGGUUCCUGGGGUAAAGCUUGAUCCUUGUGAGUGGUCAACUGAAGAACAAUUCAAAUUGGAAGAUGGUCUGGAGAAGUAUAAGGAUAAGCCAAGUAUCAUGAAGUAUAUUAAAGUUGCAGCUACUUUACCUGACAAAACCGUUCGAGAUGUUGCUUUGCGGUGUAGAUGGAUGACGAGAAAGAGAAGAAAAUCAGAAGAAUUCAAUGGUGGGAGGAGAAGAAGUUCUAGCAAGGAAAGGCAAGCUGGAUUGUCUUCUCACUCAAGCACACCUUCUGUCUUGCCUGAUAACAUGGCUUCGUCGUACCCUUUCUUGAUGCCCUUUACGAGCUCCAGUAACCAUAUUUCAAGUGAAGAUGUAAGUGGGCAUGGAAUCAAUCUCUUAGAACAGAAUGUAAGAGCUUUUAGUCAAAUUAGAGCUAAUCUCUCCUCAUAUAAGGUACAGGACAACAUUGAUCUCUUUUGUCAGACAAGGAACAACCUCAUCACCAUCCAAAAUGACAUGAAUAAUAUGCCUGGCUUGAUGAGUCAGAUGCCACCAUUGCCGGUUACACUCAAUGAUGAUCUCUCAGCUGCCUUAUUGAGUAAUUCUUUGGCGAUGCAAUUCAACACAAUGCAAAGUGAUGGCUUCCAUAUGAAGCAAGAGCCUUUGGGAUGA